UUUCCCAAAAAGUUUUUGACCAAACUUUUUAUUAACCUCUGGCAUGAAUGGAGUUUCCUGCAAAACAAUCAACCUAAUAACAACACAAAUCUAGGAAAUAAGUACUUUCUGGCUAUCAGUGUCUCAGUUAAGGUUCUGGAGUUGUUUUGCACUAGAGAACUAAGCCUUGUCAGAACUGAUGAGUAAGCAUACCCACUCCUCAGCUCACUAUUCAUGUCUCAUCAGCUGAGGAAAAAGAGGGAUUUGUUAUGAAACCAUGGCAAAAACACAAAAGGAUCCUCCACAUUUCAACCACAGUGUUUUCUCCGCCCACAGCUGGAAUGCAGUACAGCUGGUUUCCGUGCUCUGGGAAAUAGAUCUGCUCUACGGUCCUGAAUAAACACGGACAUAUGGAUAUAAAAAUUGAGUUUGCUAGUUUUGGGUUGGCCAGUGCAGGCUGGUUUUGCACCAUCCUUACAAGAUUUCUACCAAUGUGGAAAGUAGGUGGAAGGGUGGAAAACACCACAACAACACUUCCAUUGUACUGGGAUGGAGUGUGGUUAAACUGGCAACACCACACAACUGGAAGGCUUCACUGCACCUUCUAUCAGUCUCUGCUGUUUCUGACCGAACAUUUCAACACCUGGAAAAUCCUCAUCAUCACAUCUAUCGGAAUGGGAGUUAUUGCCAUGGCAGUUUACGCUAUUGGGUGGAUACAUUAUCCUAGGAAUAUAUGGUUUAAAGCUGCCUCCGGGCCAUCGUUUGUUGUAAGUGGCCUGCCGUUACUGGUGGUGGUCUCCUGGACUACACAUUUAACAGAUUCGAAUGCUAAUGUCUUAUUAACACGGGAAUGGGGAGCAGCGAUCUUCACUGGCUGGUUGGGCGUAGUGUUGCUUGAGGUGGGUGGUGGAGUGCUAAGCAUUAUUUGCUGUAGAGCAGUCCAGAAGCAAAGACAGGAUGGAAGCCCAGCGCAAACUUCAGAGCCAGGGGUUCAGGUUCCACUCCACACCAUUCACAGCACUACAUUUAUACAAAGCCCCCUUACUGGAUGACUUUAUUAAUGGACUGACUUAGUAGACUGAGUUUCUAAGAAUGUCUGUUGUUGCAUCUACUCUAAUAAUUAAUGAGAUCUAUGUUCUUGUGAACACUCAUUGGUCAUAUUUUUCAUGUUAGACAAAGAAACUUUGCUCUGGUUCAUGAAUCAGUGUUUGAAAACUGACAUUUUGAAUUUUGUUUGCCCUUCUUCUUUAUGAUCACCCCAUUAUCAGAUCUACAAAAAAUGGUGGAUUCAUUAAAAAGAUUUUGGAAUCUUGCUCUCUCUCUCUCUCUCUCUCUCUCUCUCUCUUUCUCUUUCAUGUAAACAUGCUUCUUCUUCUUCUGAUAUUUGCAGCAGACUAUAUGCAUCAGAGGCGUAUUGCUGCCCUCCUCAGUUCAUAUGAAGAACUACGCUUAAUAGGUUAUAUCCUAUUUAAGGUCCAGUUCGAUGCAAAAAGAUUAUAACAACCUUAAUUGUCUCACAGUCCUUAGUACUAAGAAUUGAUUCUGAUGAAUAAAUUUUAACUCCAGAUUCCAAUAACUUUGAAUAUGUGAGAUUUCUUUCUGUACGAUGGAUGACACAUUUGCAUCAAUACAUGUCACGCAGUUUCUGCAUCUCCGCAUGCAUCUGCAAUCUGGAUGCUUUCCAACUAUUGCCAGCCCAUAAUUCAAAGCACAAUGCCCAAAUCUUAGUCUAGUAACAACCACACGUCCUUCCUUCCCAAUCUUAUAUUUUUUGAAUGUUUCACUGUUGACUGAAAUGAAAAAUAAUGUCUGCCUUUAUUUCCCUCUUCCCAUUCUUUGUGCCAUAGUUUUGUUGUUCCUUGCUGAAUAAUAUUUUUACACUCAACCCUUCCAUACAUUAAAUCCAAUUCAACUUCAUUCCUGUAUACAGGUUUUUGUUUUUUUGGCUAUUUCAUCAGCCUCUUCAUUCCCACUGUAUUCCCCAUUUUAAUUACUCUGUUUAAUGCUACUAUUUCUACUAUUAAAUCUGAUCUAGCCUUACUCUUCCUUCCCUUUAUUGCCUUUUUCCAGGUCUAUUUUCCUCCACCCACCCAAGGGCCCAUAAAAUUGUCCCAAGCUCUGUAAUGACUGACACAUUAUCUGACACUCGUUUUCCAUUCGGGUAAACUUGUGAAUACAUUUUUAUAAAUAUGCAAACUGUUCAGAGUGAUUUCAGAUUUGAAGUCCAAAAAUAUGCAUGCAUAUUUUAAUGCUGUAUCUUGCAGUACAAAGUGCUUCAGCAUUUUUCAAAAUUCAUUAGAUUACUUAAUUUUGACACUGUAUUGACCUAAUUAUUAUUGCCCCAUUGGUAUUAUAUAUGUAUUUUAAGUCUGUCAUGAUUCCAAUCUCUUCUGUUCGAUUAUCUUGUGUUUAAUUGACUCUUAUUUUGAAGUAUUGUUUUGUUCACUUUGUUCCUGUGUUCUGACUUCCUGUGUUUAGUUCCUGUUUCUUUUGUUUCAUUGCCUGCCUUAUUAUGGGCUUUCACAAUGGUAGUUAUAGGAACUUAUUUUUUAAUUUAUUUAUUUAUUUAUUUUUUAAUUGAGUUUACAAUAGGGGAAUAUAGAGUCAUAAGAACACUUGAAACAAUGAAAUCAAAAUGUUGCAUCUUGUAUCAAAAAUCAAUCAUCUAAUACAUCAAGUAUCUUUUUUCAACAGUCAAUAUGUCUUAACAGCUUUAUGAUGUCCUGUAUUGAGAAAUAAAAUAUGAAUUUUAAUUAUAUUGUCCAUUUCCAAUAAACUGGUAUCACAUUUCAUAAACAAGACCAUUUUAUCAGUUAUAGUAACAAACUUGUAAAACAACUCAAAAAUAAACAAAGAAACUUGGGACCAAAAUAGUUUAGUAUAUAUAUUACCUACUGUAAGUACAACUGAAAAAUAAAUGUAAGAUUGUUUCUUACUCCUCUUUACAACAACAGCAUAAUGACAAGAACCCUUCUUUAAACUUACUAAUAAAGUAAGUUUAAAGAAGUUUUUUACUAAAAUAUUACAUGAAUAAUAUCUAUUUACUAUUUUAAAGUGUCAAGAUCACCAGCUGAGUGCCUUUAAUAGCCACCAGAGGGCACUCCAACCCAGACUAUUGUCAUUCCCUCAUGGACUACAUUUUCCAUAAUUCUCUGUUUGGACUCAUCAUCAAUGAUUGUCUUCAGCUGUAUUUCAUUAGCUCAUUACCCCUGCCUAUAUAAGCCUGGUUCAUUUUGGCAUUCAUGGUGAAGUCUUGUAUGUGUCAGCACUGCAUUUCUGAGUGUUCAUUUGGUUUCCAUCCUGUUUUGAUGCCUGUGCCCUGUUAUUGUUUGGACUGUGUUUAUGACCUUUUGCCUGUUGUUGGAUUACCCUUCAAUAAACUACUGCAUUUGGAUCCUCAA